AAGGUCCGCCCAGCUACCUCGAGGUGAGUGAAACGCAGCUGUGACAUACACCUAUUCGUUUAAGCCCUCACGUCUGUGUUGCCCCGCCAUCCCUCAACAAUCCCCGCGCUUCGCGCCCCUAGUCGAGAAUCACUCACACAGCACCAGAACAAUUCCGUGACAACUACAUAACCCUCUCUAACCCCCCCCCCCCCCCUCAAAGUAACUCAUAGCUAUACAAUACCAUCCAUAGCCUCCUCCGGUUGUUUUCUUUCUUUUUCUCUUCCACCCGCGGCUCGACGCUUUCCUCUCCUCCCUCCUUGCUAUUCCGGACGGCCUACUGACGAGGAACUUACUCGAUUCAGCAUCCGAUUAUUACCGCACUAUCUCCCUUCUCACCACUACACGCACCCACAAACCACUACGCCAAGAUGCCUCAAGCAGUCUCUCUACCCGCCUGGGCCUCCCUGGAGGAGCACUACAAGACCGUUGGCAAAACUUUCGUCCUCAAGGAGGCCUUCGCCUCCGACCCUGCUCGGUUCGACAAGUUGAGCAAGACGUUCCGCAACGGCGCCUCCGGCGUCGAUAUUCUCUUUGACUUCAGCAAAAACCUCGUCACCGAAGAUACCAUCGACUUGUUAGUCAAGCUCGCCCAGGAGGCCGGCCUUGAGAAGAAGCGCGACGCGAUGUUUGCUGGCGAGAAGAUCAACUUCACCGAGCAGCGCGCGGUAUACCACGCAGCACUCCGUAAUGUCGGCGGCUGGGACAUGAAGGUCGACGGUCAGGACGUCAUGAACGCCAAGGGCGGCGUCAACGAGGUCCUGGAACACAUAAAAGAGUUCUCCGAGCAGGUGAGGAGCGGAGAGUGGAAAGGGUACACAGGGAAGAAACUUACUACCAUCAUCAAUGUUGGCAUUGGUGGUUCCGAUCUGGGACCCGUCAUGGUCACCGAGGCUCUCAAACACUACGGCGCUAAAGACACAACUCUUCACUUCGUCUCCAAUAUCGACGGCACUCACAUAGCCGAAGCCCUCGCUAGCUCGGACCCCGAGACGACCCUCUUCCUCAUCGCAUCCAAGACCUUCACCACCGCAGAAACCACUACGAAUGCGAACACAGCCAAGUCGUGGUUCCUAGAGAAGACCGGCGGCAAGGGAGACAUUGCCAAGCACUUCGUAGCUCUCUCGACCAACGAGUCCGAAGUUACCAAAUUCGGCAUCGACAGCAAGAACAUGUUUGGCUUUGAGAGCUGGGUCGGCGGCCGAUACUCCGUUUGGAGCGCCAUCGGUCUCAGCGUCGCCUUGUAUAUCGGUUACGACAACUUUCGCCAAUUUCUAGCCGGCGCGCAUGCCAUGGACAAGCACUUCCGCGAGACCCCCCUCAAGGACAACAUCCCCGUCCUCGGUGGUCUCUUGAGCGUCUGGUAUAGUGACUUCUUCGCCGCACAAACGCACUUGGUUGCUCCAUUUGACCAGUAUCUGCACCGCUUCCCGGCUUAUCUGCAACAGCUUUCCAUGGAAUCAAACGGCAAGACCAUCACCUCCGAUGGCACCCCUGCGAAGUACACGACGGGUCCCAUCCUCUUUGGCGAGCCUUGCACAAACGCCCAGCAUUCCUUCUUCCAGCUCGUUCAUCAAGGCACCAAGCUGAUCCCCACCGACUUUAUCCUCGCCGCGAAGUCGCACAACCCCAUCUCUGGCAACCUCCACCAGAAGAUGCUAGCGUCCAACUAUUUCGCCCAGGCUGAGGCCCUCAUGAUCGGCAAGACAUCCGACCAGGUGAAGAGCGAGGGCACUCCCGACGAACUAGUCCCACACAAGGUAUUCUUAGGCAACCGCCCAACAACUAGCAUCCUAGUUGGCGAUGUGAUCGGGCCCGCUGAACUCGGUGCCCUCAUUGUCUACUAUGAGCACUUGACCUUCACUGAGGGAGCAGUCUGGGAUAUCAACUCAUUCGACCAGUGGGGUGUUGAGCUGGGUAAGGUUCUCGCCAAGAAAAUUCUCAAGGAGCUGGAUGAGCCUGGCAAUGGCCAGGGUCACGACGCUAGCACAGGCAGCCUUAUCGGCGCGUUCAAGAAGUUUGCUAGCACCUGAAGGUUAGAAUCGACUCUGACGCCUGGGAAGGAGUCGAGGCUCUGAGUCGAUAUACGUACCCGGGACUACCCGACGAGUGAUGCGCGAAGAGAAAGGAAAAGGGAGAGUAAAAGGUAUACAACGAAGGUAAUUUGAGUGUUCACCGAAUGCUAGGUAUAUAACAACGCAACACCAUCACGUUAAGCUCGGGCCGUCGCCAGGCGAUGCAAAGGACGACGUAGUUACCUAGGCCUCGGACUCUAGUUCUCCUCUGCCGUAUCUUGAAAGGAAAAUCGGAAGUCGACCAAUAAAUAUUGAAUUUCACUGAU